UUACAAGAGAGAGAGAGAGAGUGUGGAGUAGGAGUCAGUGGUUCUAGUGGGUUCCUGCAAAAAGACCCCACCCCUCUUUUUGUACAAUUUCUAUUUUCUGAUUUUCCAAAAGCCACACCAAGACACAACCCAGGUCCCAGAGGGCCUGUCUGCCUGCAAGGACAAGAUUUUGUUGUACUCUCAUCAGUUUCAAUUUUCUGAUAAAAAUUUUUACUACACAAAAGUAGUGUGUGUUAAAUAUAAAGCAAUUAAACUAGUCUUCUUAAAAACAGGUUUCUUCACAGAGAAGUAGUGAAGAGAAAGCUUUGGGAUAGAGACAUCCAAGAAAGAUCAAAAGUUGCCCGGAUGAGAUGAUUUAUAUCUGAGAAAAAGAUUGCUCCUUCUUCUUGUUUCUACUUAAAAAUAUUUACUUUGACAAGAAAGCUUUCAUAUUUUCUCCUUCUUUCUCUCUCACUUGUGAGCUUUCUAGCUUCCUCUACUCAGUGUCUUUUUCUGCGGUGUAUUUUUGUUUCCAAUUUCUUCUUCAAGAAAGAUGAUAAUGGUCUGAAAACAAACUCCUGCAUGGCGAGUCACACAAUUGGAGAAACGAGUUUGUCUGACUCAGGUCCUUCAAAUCACCAUCACCAUCACCAUGUCCCUUACGCCGCAGCUCUUCAUGGAAUGAAUACUCAUACCAGUUUCAUUAAUCAAGAAGGAUCUGCUUUUGAUUUUGGAGAGCUGGAAGAAGCAAUUGUGCUGCACGGAGUUAAGAUUAGAAAUGAUGAAGCAAAAGCACCUUUAUUCACAGCAGCAGGAAGACCAGCAGCGACUCUGGAGAUGUUCCCUUCUUGGCCAAUGAGGUUCCAGCAAACCCCGAGAGGAAGUUCAAAGUCAGGUGGGGAGAGUACAGACUCAGGAUCAGCACUGAACACUCUUUCAAGCAAGGCUGAGACUCAGCUAGAGCCAGAAUCUCCUAUUAGUAAAAAGGCAUCUUCUUCAGAUCAUCAGGCUUUUGAACAAGAUCAACUCAGGCUUCAACAUCAACAACAAGUAGAGAUGUCAAACGAUACUUCAAGAACAGGGCCAUCACAGAAUCAAUCAGCUGCCAAACAACCCCAAGAAAAGAGAAAGGGUGCUGGUUCAACCUCAGACAAACCACAAGAUGCUAAGACAUUGAGACGUUUAGCCCAGAAUAGAGAAGCAGCAAGAAAGAGCCGUCUAAGAAAAAAGGCUUAUGUGCAGCAGCUAGAAUCUAGUAGGAUAAAGCUGACUCAAUUAGAACAAGAGCUUCAAAGAGCACGCUCUCAGGGACUGUUUUUGGGAGGGUGUAGUGCUACAGCUGGAAACAUUAGCUCUGCGGCUGCAAUGUUUGACAUGGAAUAUGCAAGAUGGUUAGAGGAUGAUCUCCGGCACAUGUCAGAGCUCCGAGCUGGAUUGAAUGCACAUUUAUCUGAUGGUGAUCUUCGGAUUAUUGUCGAUGGAUACAUUUCACAUUAUGAUGAAAUUUUCCGGCUAAAGGGUGUCGCCGCAAAAUCUGAUGUGUUGCACUUGACUACUGGAAUGUGGACAACCGCAGCUGAGCGUUGCUUCCUCUGGAUGGGCGGUUUUAAACCCUCUGACCUCAUCAAGAUGUUAAUAUCACAAUUGGACCCAUUAACAGAACAGCAAGUGAUGGGUAUUUACAGCCUCCAGCACUCCUCACAGCAGGCAGAAGAGGCUCUCUCCCAGGGCCUGGAACAGCUCCAACAGUCUCUUAUUGAAACCAUUGCCGGUGGUCCUGCCAUUGACGGUAUGCAACAAAUGGUUGUUGCUUUGGGCAAGCUCGCAAAUCUUGAAGGCUUCGUUCGUCAGGCUGAUAAUCUAAGGCAGCAAACCCUUCACCGACUACGACAUAUAUUGACAGUACGACAAGCUGCGCGGUGUUUUCUGGUGAUCGGAGAGUAUUAUGGACGACUACGAGCACUUAGUUCCCUUUGGGCAUCUCGUCCUCGAGAGACGGUGAUAUGCGAUCAAGAGAACUCGUGCCAAACGACCACAGACUUGCAAAUGGUUCAAUCUUCACAGCAUCAUCACCAUUUUGCAAACUAUUGAGCAAAUGCAACAAGUUAUCAAUCCUUAUAAUAGAUAGAUAGAUAGGUGCCUCUGUGAUCAAAUUAAUGCCACAGUUCUUCAUUCUUCGUGUAAUAUGUGAGCAAGGCUGUUGGAUAUGUCCAUCUUCAAGCUACUUUUUAGAGGAGAUAGGAACUUUUUUUUUUCUGCUUUAAUUUGAAUAUCUUUAUGUUUAUCUUGUAAAUGUAUAUCAAUUUUAAUUAUGUGGAUGAAAUGAGGCUUCUACUUGCUUCAAGAUCUUAUUUAA